CAUGGCGCGCCUUGAAUUAUUUGCCUUCUAUUUCGAGCACGCGCUGAGUAAGGAGAACCUCGCUCCGCUCGCCAUGCUCCAAACACGAAGCUGCGCUCCUUCAAUUUAAACAUCAAAUAAGUUGGAUUUAUUUUGGACGUAAUGGAGCCUCGCACAGAACACGAGCGCCGCCGGACUGAGGCGGAGAUUGAGCGUUUAGAGGGAGACGGAACGGAGGCGGCCAGUAUUGACGAGGAAGAGCUUGAGGAGCUGCACAACAGUUUAAAGGAAGUUGUCCAAGACCCCUCCAUAAAGCCCAGACUCCAGUGCCUGAUGGUGGACCCAUCUUUUUCCAUGGUGACAGUACAAAGUGAGGACAGUGGAAUUGUAUGGGAAACUGCAUCGAGCAGGUGCUCGACCCCGUGGGCCUCAGAGGCCAGUUCACCAUCAGAUGCAUACAGCAUGGAAGGUUCUGGGACGCAGGGAAAUAUUGUUAUCAUUAUGGAUGAAGACAAGAUCAAGAGGAGGAAAAGAACAAGCAGCAGAGGGAAGCUGGGUGACAGGUUUCAGAGACGAUUAUCAGGUGCAGCAAUAGGAGAGGAGAGACCUGCAAUGAUUGAGGUAUCUGUGCCAAAUAUAAGAUCUGGACAUUCAGAAGAUGGUCAGACAGCAGAGACCAAACCAGACAAGGAUCAAGAACUUUUUAACUUGAUUUCUGAAGGUUUUGAGAUUCUCAACAUUGUUGUACCAUCAAAACUUCCUACUGUGGAUGAGGAGGACAUGACUGAAAUGGCAGACAAUUUGUCUUACUUGGACGCCACGCCAAAGAUCAAAUCAAAAAGCAAGCAUGAAAACACAGCUGCUGUCACCAGCCCUGAGGAUGUAGUCAUAGACAGUCAGGAAGCUAAAGAUGAGGAUCAAAAGGACUUGUCUCAGGCCUCUACUGAUGAACGACCCAAGAAAGAUGAAACUGAUUUGGACUAUUUAGAGAAGUUUACACUGUUAGAUGAAAAUGCACCAUCUGAUGUGUCUGGAAAACUUGAGCCUGUAGAAGUUGUCCAACCAGAGGAACCACAGGUACCCCAACAAAAGGAGAAAGUGGAGGACAAACCCGAAGAAGACUCUUUUGUCAUUAUCAGUGAUGUUGAUAUUGCUGGUGAACAUCUUGAUGAAGUGUUUUAUGGAGCAAGUUGUAAUGAAGAUCCUAAAUUUCCAUCUCACCCCAAAGUGGAUGAGGAACGUAUAGAAAAAGAAAGCUCUAAAACACUUAAAGAGUGCGGUUCAACUUUGUUUGGCAGUCAGGAAUGUAUACUUACUCCUAUUUAUCUCCCUUUGGGGCCACCCAAGAUCAUAGAUCAGGAUCUCCUCGAUGAGCCAAGAGCAAUGUCUUUCCACUACUCAGACCUUUAUGAAGAUGCUAUUGGAGACAGGAAGAAGGAUGAUGACUUUUCGGAUGUAGAAAGCGUAAUUUCGGAAAAAUCAUUCAAGCGACGUUAUUCAGACUCUGAUGAUGCAGAUGGCUAUCUGGAGAAGUUCACUUUGAAAGAUGAAACUCCAGUAGUUAAUGAUGAACUCGAAGUAGAUACUGCAGAGAGUGACCGAAUGAUUUGGCCACAAAGUAAAUUUGAAAUGACUGGAUGUUUAAUUCGUGUGAAGGAAGAAGAAGAUGAGCCCAAAGAAGAGGAUGUUAGUGUCAGCCAAUCAAAGUUAGAGGACAAACAAGAUUCCACUGACAGACAAAUUCAACCUCAGAUUCCUUCAGAAGUCUGUGAAGAUAGUAAUGAAGUGAAAACUGGUUGUGUAACUGUACAGAGUGUUUCAGAGGCUUUAGAAGACAGUGAAGAUUGUGGCACUAAAACUGGCUGUGCAAUAGCAAAAGUCAUCUCCCAUGAUCAGCAUGAUCAGGUACUAGAAACAGUAAAUCAGAAAAAAGAAAUACCUCCUUUGCUAAAACAUGGAAAACAAAGUGAAGUGGAAUUAAAACACAAGGGCACUCACAUUCAUGGUGGUGUAGUGCAAGACAAAACGGUUAAAAUAAAGGAUGAACCACAGAAACAUGAAAUGACAAGCAGUGUAACCAAUAAACCUGGCUUAGAGGAUAUGACUGAUAGUACAGUUGAAAUAAUAGAAACCGUUAUUGUUACCAAGGAAAAAGUGUCAUCCAAAAGUAAGACACCAGAAAAAGCUGAACCUCAUCAUGUGGUGAAGGCAGGUGUAAUAGACACAUCUAUGUCAGCAACUCCAUCUGAAAAAAAUUUACCUCAGGAAAUUAAUCCAGAAGAGCUGAAAAAGAAGGGAGAAAAAGAAUUAACAAGUGUAACACUUGAAAGAAGUGAGGAACAAACCAAGCCUUAUGUUGGGAAAGCAGUAAGUCCUGAAGCUAAAGUGGAAGUAAAGUCUAUAGUUCUUGAGAAUAGGCAAGUACCUGCUUUUGUAGAGGAAGAAGUGAGAGCUGAAAGUGAGAUGCAGGAACAGGUCACAGACACUGUGGUCGCUGAGGUGGAUAGCCACCUUGUUCUGACAAAAAUUGAGGAGAAAGACAGUGACGUCAAAAGUGAGACUGAAUCUAUAAAUGAACAGAAAGCUAUGGAGGGAUUACUGACACACGAAACAGACACAGCUGAAAAGAAAAUGAAAGAAAUCAAGGUGAAGGUCACAGAAAAGAAAAAACAAGAACAUGAAUGUAUGGAAGAUACAGUGCCAACCAUGGAAAGCAAACUACCUGCUGAGGACCUGCUCAUGACAGUAAAGAAAAUAGAAGUACAAGAUUCAACAUCAGCUGUAGAAAGUCUGAAUGAUGUCACCCAAUAUGUUCUUCCAACUGAGGAGCAUGUUUUAGUGGAGGAGCCUAAGAAAAUAGAGAAAGACAUUGGGCUGAAACAUGAGCUGCCAUUUGAUGAUAAAAUACUGGAGAACCGUGUAAGAAGAGAUGUUGAAGGAGAGAUAAUUGACAAACUUCCACAGGACAUUCCUGUGGCACUUCCUACUGUUUCAGAAGUUCCAGGUGAAGAUCUGUUACCAGCAGUGGUAUUACCCCCAGGUCUUGCUGAGGAGGUAAGUAGGAAAGAGAACCAUGAGAUGGCAGAUGUACUUUUAAAAGACACAUGUCUUCAGAGCAAGAGCGAACACGCUGAAGCCAUUUCACCUGCCACUGCUGCCAAAAUAGAAGAUUCAUCCAAAGUUACUGUGUUGCCACCAGUACUAAUUGAGGUUGUGGACAAAGAGAUACGGGAUGUAGCAGUGGGCACAACUCUCAAAGAAUUCACUAGCCAGGUUCCUGAGCCAGUAUACCCUGCAGCUGCAGUCAAAAAAGAUGCAGCACAAGAGGUGGAAGAUAAGACUGAGACAAAAUCUAGAAAAGUACUUUUAAAGGAUAUGCAUAAAGAAAAUAUAUGGAAAACUCUGGAGCCCACAGCUCCUUCCCCUCCAGAGGAGAAGCAGGACUUGUCAACAAUGAGGGUUUCACCCUUGGAGCAACCAGAAUACAUUAGAGAUGAUGAUGAGGACUUUGUUGUAGAUAGAAAACUGAAAAGGGAUACAGGCCUUUUCUCAACCCUGCGAAGCUUCAGCCCACAUGAAGACCUUUCAGGGUUUGGCCGCGACACGGCCGAGCUUGAUUUGAGCAAGGAAGCCAUGGAGGAGCUGGACUAUGAGAUGAUAACUAAGCAAGAUGAAAGAGAAUCAGAAUCAGAAGUAAUUCUAGGGAAAGAGGAACUUGGUUUUGUCCAAGACAAGUCAACAGAGCAGACAAUUGAGGAAAGCUAUGAGUUUAUCGAGUACUUGGAUGGUGCCCAAACAUCAGAGCUUGGACGUUUGAUUGAGGAGGGAGAAAUUCAACCAAUGGAUGCAUUCUGCCUUGUCUGCCAUUGCCCAGUAUUGAUAAGUGAUGGUGGCCACCAAAACCAUGAAGUGUCGACUUUGGAUAAGGCAUUUGAUGAUAUCAGGAAUCAGCUGAGUAACUGGAUAUCAGUGCUACAAGAAAGAUCAGAAAAUAUUGAAGACGUGGUAUCUGAACUUGAGCUGGCUUACAAUUCAGUGGAGGAGCUCUGCAAGGACAGCGAGAAGGCCAUGGACGAGCACAACGAGGAGGCGUUGAAGCUCGUGCUGGAUCAGUAUAAUGAGAUGUCUCAGACUAUGGAGGAUGAAAAGAAGGUCAAACUUGAGCAGCUGUAUGACCAAAUAGUCUCUUUCCAAGCGAACAUUGACUCGGCCAAAGAGACCAUGGAGAAGACAACGAAAGAUCUGGAGGAGACAGAUGAGCUAGCAUUUGUGUCUUCAUUCAAAGACAUUAAUACAAGGCUAAAAACAGCUUUAGAAUCCACCAUGUCGCUAGAGCUUGGCCCACGAGGUCUGCUUGUGUUUGAAGAUUAUGCCAAAGGCACCACAGGAAAUGAGAAGAAAAACCGUCAAGUUAUUCCAGUGCCUCAGAAACCUCAUCUUCAACCUCAGGAGGCCAAUUCUGCCACAAGCACCUCUGUCACUGUGUACUGGACAAUCAACCAGGAAGACAUCAUCGACUGCUUCCAGGUCUAUUGCAUGGAAGAACCACAAGGAGCCAUCUCAGAGGAGUACAGAGUGACUGUGAAGGAGAGUUACUGUAACCUGGAGGAACUGGAGCCAGAUAAGUGCUAUAAGGUUUGGGUGAUGGCAGUGAACUACACUGGUUGCAGCCUGCCCAGCGAGAGACUGCCUUUCAAAACAGCCCCCUCAAUUCCAGUGAUCAACCCCGAGGCCUGCACAGUGCUGUGGGACUCCGCCACCCUCCGCUGGAGUUCAGCUCAGCCCAGUGCUGUGGAUAGCUUCACUCUGGAGUACUGCCGCCAGUAUGCUAUGGAAGGAGAGGGCCUCAGGUCCGUGACUGGCAUUAAAGGCUAUGAGCACAAGGUUCUCCUCCAGCCCAACGAGAACUUCCUGUUCUAUAUCAAAUCAGUGAACGCUGCAGGAGCCAGCGAACAGAGUGAAGCGGCCCUCAUCUCCACGAGAGGUACCAGGUUCCUCUUACUGAGCGAAACGGCGAAUCCGGUGCUUAAGGUUUCUGAGAACAGGACGUCAGUGGAGUAUCCUCUAGAAACCUAUAAUGAGAUGUUCUCACUUAUUGAAUGUCCAGCAGUGAUGGGAGAGAUUUUGCCCUCUGUUGGGUAUCACUACUGGGAAACAGUGGUGGCAGACUGUAAAGCCUACCGCAUUGGUGUAGCCUAUAAGACAGCUCCAAAAGACAGUGCAGUGGGGGACAACUGCACCUCCUGGUGUCUACACUGUGUACCAACAUCCAUCAGCUGUAGGUUUGAGCUGCUCCAUGACAAUGUAGAGUCAGACAUCUUCGUGAUGGAUGUUCCUGUUCGCAUCGGCACUCUGCUGGACUUCACCUUUGGCCGGCUGGUUUUCUUCAACGCUCAGAAUGGCCAGUGCCUGGGCUCCUUCCAGCAGUCCUUCACCCAGCCCUGCCAUCCUGUCUUUGUACUGGAGAGUUCUGGCAGUCUGGAGCUGAAGAUGACCACAGAGGUGCCAGAGUUUGCCAAGCACUGGUAGCUCAUGGAGAAUGAAGGUUCUAGCUUUAUGUUCUUGGCUCUGUGGUCAGUCAUCUGUUAGAUAAUGGCGUGUCUGUGUGUGACUAUUCUCAAAGCAACUUUGAUUCUUGCAAGAACUGUGAACAUUUGUGCUUAGAAGACAUGUAAAGCACUUCACUUUGUGCAUAAACAACUUUAAUGAUGUCAUUAACAGUAUUUUUUAAAGGGAAUAGUCAAAAAGGUUGUCUAGUCUUUGGGUUUGAUCAUGUGGUUAAUGGAAUUGCUGUUUUUGUAAAUAAGGAAAUGGUGAAUACAUUCUGUUCAUUAGGAGCAGUUAAUACGUCACAUAUAAUGUAUAGUGGUAUAAAGCACAGUACAAAAGUCAGAGACUGUGCUUUAUUUAUAUAGUUUUCAGUCGUAAUAGCCAUAAAGCACUACUUAUUCAAUUUUCAGCAUCAUAAUUACACAGAAGCCUCAACAACUAAAUAUUAUAACCAUUCUUUCAGUAUUUAGUGUGUGUGUUUAUUACAGAUGUCGUUCCUUUCAGGAGACUUGCUUUGAUUUUCUCAAAGAAAUCUGCAGUAAUAUUUUUGCACACCUCCAAAGUUCAGUCUUGGAAGUUGGCUGCACUUUCUGAUUCUUACACUUCAACUAAUCACAAAUACAUUCAGUGUUGAGGUCUGGACUCUGGGGUGGUCAGUCCACUGUUAUGAAAACACCAGCAGCUUCUUUGUUUGAUUUUCUUUUUUUUCUUAUUCCCAGUAACAGCUUGUCAGCUACACACCCUUUCAGACUCAUAGUGUUGAGUUGUCUUCUCACAGUGGAAGUAUGGACAGAAACAGAUUUUUUCAGAUGUGAAGCAGCUUGAU